UCUCAUCUUGACACCAUCGCACGCGUUCACUGAUCUCUGUGAUCUUUGCCAUGACGCAAUACGAGGAUUCCCAGGAGCUCUUGAUCGAAGCACCAGAGCAUCCGAAUCCUACCACUCGCAGCUUGCAUUGGAAAGUGCUGGGUGCCGUCUCCGCCGUUGCCUUGCUGGCUGUGGGGUCCUAUGUGGCCUACUCUGAACCGGUUCCUGCGCCACAGAAAGCGAACCCUAUGGACUUUGUGCAAGAUUGGGAGGAGAUUCCAGGGAUUGACACAGUCAUUGAACACGCCAAGACCUUGGAGUUGAAGCAGCCUUUGCGCAACCUCAACGACUUAUUCUACGAGUCCCAGCCCGAAGAGUUGCCAUGGAUUCGCACGGAAUGCGUCAUCGACGUCAUCCAGGGAGCUGCCUACCUGGGACAGGCCGUGGUCUUCCUGUACAAGGCCAUCAAGUACGACGGCAUCCGCUGCCCCGACAACUCGCCGGCCGGCUGUGCGGCCAGCAUCGCAGGCUUCAUCACCUCGGUGACCUGGAUCGCCUCCUACCUCUCCUUCGCGGCCAACGCCUGCGGUGCCGCUGUCAACAGCGGAGCCCUCUGCGCCGGAGACUGGACGGCCUUGAUGGCCAACUUCGGCGAGAUGGCCACCGUGGGCGCUGCGGUGAAGGAAGACUGCGACUUCGGCAAGGAUUGGUUGGCGAUCUUGAAGAUCACGGGCACGGAUGAUACAGGCCCCGGCUGGAAGACCUUCGUCCCUGCGGGAGCCUUACCCACCGUGGAGACGGUCCAGAAGGUGGACGCACUUCGCACCGCUGACCGCAACCGGGCCUUUGACUUGACACAGUGUGUCGUGGCCGAUGUGACCAAUGCUGCAGCAUACAUUGUGAGAGCCAUCCUCCAGAUCCGUUCUGCCGCGUCGGCCUGCCCUGAGCCAAAGGCUUGCGCUAUCAACAUCAUGAAUAUCAUCAGUUCGUUCGCGUGGAUCUCCCAGUUCACGUCCCUGGCCGUGUCCGAUUGUUGGGACAAGGGAAGCCAAAAGGCCCUGUGCGCGGCUGACAUCUCCGACAUGGUUGCUGCGGUGACCAACGGCCCUGCGGCAGGCAUUGCAACGACCUCGGAUUGCGCGGACAUGCCAGACCCUCUGGAGGAGGAAAAACAUUUGCCAAUGGACUAAGGCCUUCAAAGGCCUGGCUUGGCCCACCGAUGGAACCUGUAGCCACAGCCUCCCAGUGAUCAACUGGCUGAGUUGGAGACGCCUUGACACGGGAGUUGCAUGGCCUUGAUGGCUUUCGUGCCUUUGGGACGAUGUAUAUGUCUGUGGCACGCAGUGUGGUAGUGGGCAACCUUACUGGCUGGUGGUUUCAAAUGGU